AAACACUUAAAUCGUGAAAAAUCUCUGAACUGUCGAUAAAAUCUAUCGAAUGUUUUAACUUGAAAAAGCAUCGAUCACCAAAUUCGUAUUGUGUCUUGACAUGAUUGCUAGAGGUCAAAUAUUUUGGAGACAGGAGGCUAGACUGUAGUGUCUCAACAACAAUCAUUAGAUAUUGGCAAAAGGAUUAGCUGAAUGAUAAUCGCUUGAGUAUUAUUGGCACAGGUACCCUACCUAUACAGGUUUAAGCGAAACAGGUAUAAGAAUAUAUCUCAACAAAUUCAGUAUUCUUCAGAAUCUUCUGCUGUGAACUUUUCGUACUAGUGUUUGGUGAAAAUGUGUAAUAUUAUUGGUGUGGUUUUGUUAUUGUUUUUCUUUGAAUUGGUAACUGUAUUCAAUUGCAAACCAGUUUUACUUGAGUUAGACCCACUUGAACAGUACGUGACUGCUAGCAACAACACAAGAGACCGCCGCCUGUCCGACAUAAUCUUCCCUGACGACGAGGUUGAAGCUCCUGCUCCCCUGAGGUUGCCCCUGAUCCGCGGCAGACCAGCCUGCGCUAGUGGUGCAACCUUCUGCGAACACUUCGACCGCUACCCGAGCCACCAGCUCAAGCACAUCCUGAGCCGGCACUCGCUGGGCAAGGAGCUGUUCGGCAUGGACGAGAGCCCUGACGAGGUGGCCGGCAGGGACGGAUCAGGGGAGUCGUUCGUCUGCGGCUCAGUGGACAACACGAUCUUUCCGAAGAUCGGCGUCAACAAGAAUAACAAUUUCGGUAAGCCGUGUGACGUCAUAGGCGAACUACCGGAAGGUUACGUAACCUCCUGCAAGCAGAAGUAUAUCUACAGAAGGCUGCUCUCCCUGACUGAUAACGGCACCCCUGUUCAAGAUACCUUCAAGUUGCCAUCUGCUUGUUGUUGCACCUACAAGAGGAGUUUCACCUUCAUGACGAACUUUGGCAGGCGCAUGUCCAAAAGGUAGAAAUUCAAUGGGGAUUCGAUGAAAAGAUAACCGAUGAAUUUACUAGAUGAGUCCGAGUUCAACAAAUAAAACUGAAUCAUCAUUUUCGACAAAAUAUGAUAUGCCGAUCCUGAUACUCUCAAAUGGGGCCAAAUUCAUACAGCAUAUAGGAGGGAAAUAUGCUAACACAAAACACAGAUCGUUCGUAUUCUGAAGACUAGCAAUUCUCAGAGAAACAAAUGAGUACUGAUGGAAAGAUUGCAAACAUAGAAUAACUAGAUGUCAAGAUAUGAUGAUACUGGACCAGAGGAAACUGGGCCUAUCCAAGAAAAAUAUCUCCACUUCUGCUUUGACAACAUGGAAGAAAGAUACAUUUCAAAAUGUAGAACUGUUAUGGUUUUCAAUGUAAACAUAUUCAUUCUUCUUCUUAUACCUACAAGAAUAAUUAUGUCCUUCCUGAUUACAUAUCACUCUAAUCAUAUAUAGUCACAUCAAUCAUUUGAAUUGAAUAAUUGUGAACGUUCGUUUGCAUUUUUCGUUUGAGGGCGUCAAAUGAAGGGAGAUAUGAUUUUAUGACGUCACAAGAUACAUUUUUGGGGAAUAGAAAACGAUAUUCUGCUAGAUAACAAUAUCAGUAGGAAUUCUUGAAUAUCUCACAGCUAGAAGCGUCAUAUUAAGAACAAAAGUUAGAUGAACUUGCAAUAUCAGGUACUUAUGUUAGAUUCAAUAUUGAAACGUAGGACUUGUUAACAGUAAACGGCAAGCUAUUCAUAUGAACAUUCUGAACAUGAUCAAUAUAGAAAUAUAUGAGAACAUUUUUUUUAUAUUAUUUUUCUCCUGUUAAUUAUUUAUCAUUACAUACAUGUUUAUUCGUUUUAUACAUUUGUUGAUUAAACACAUACCAGUGCA